AGAGAGAGAGAGAGGGAUUGCAUUUGGGGCUGAGACGAGCAGCCGAGUGGGCCGCAGGAACGCGUCACCGUCCGGGCUUUAGAUUCUGUGAAGAAACGGAUCGAUCUCGUGGGAUCGAUUCUUUGACCCGCACACCAUACGAGAAAGUCUUGCCCAAUUCCCGCAGCUCUUCUUCGCCGUCGUUGUCCAAGGACGAAGCAACCAGAGGAGAAGAGAAGCCGAGCGCAUCCCCGAUGAGGAAGGCCGGACCUGGUAACUCAAAGCUCAAGCUGUCCGUCCCCGGCCACGAAGCUUCUAUCGGCAAAUUCCUGACUCAGAGUGGUACGUUCAAGGAUGGGAAUCUUCUGGUCAAUAAGGACGGGCUCCGGAUCGUCUCUCACAGUGAAGAAGGCGGGCCACCUCUUAUAAAACCGUUGGACAACCAACUGAGUCUGGCUGAUUUAGAUGCCAUUAAAGUAGUUGGAACAGGUGGUGGUGGAAUCGUGCAACUGGUUCGUCACAAAUGGACCAGUCAAUUUUUUGCUCUCAAGGUUAUACAAAUGAACAUUCAAGAGGAUAUACGGAAGCAGAUUGCUCAGGAACUUAGGAUAAGCCUAUCAACCCAGUGCCCUUUUGUAGUCCUAUGCUAUCAGUGUUUUUAUGACAAUGGUGUUAUCUCUAUAGUCUUGGAGUAUAUGGAUGGGGGCUCACUUGCAAAUUUUCUGAAGGAUGUCAAAACAAUUCCGGAGCCAUAUCUUGCCGCAAUCUGUAAGCAGGUGCUAAAUGGUCUAAUUUAUCUGCACCAUGAAAAGCACAUUAUUCAUCGGGACUUGAAACCAUCAAACAUUUUAAUCAAUCAUAGUGGGGAAGUCAAGAUAUCUGAUUUUGGUGUGAGUGGAAUAAUUGCAAGCUCUUCGGGUCAGCGUGACACCUUUACUGGUACCUAUAACUACAUGUCUCCAGAAAGAAUCACCGGACAGAAACAUGGUCAUAUAAGUGAUAUUUGGAGCUUGGGUUUAGUUAUGCUGGAGUGUGCCACUGGUCAAUUUCCUUACCCACCUCAUGAUAGCUUCUAUGAACUGCUUGAAGAAGUCGUCGAACAACCACCUCCAUUCGCACCUUCUGAUCAGUUCUCUGCGGAGUUUACAUCAUUUAUUUCUGAAUGUUUACAGAAAAAUCCCACGGAUAGAAAAUCUGCGCAGGUUCUUUUGAAACAUCCCUUCUUGAGCAUGUACGAUGACCUGAAGGUUGAUCUUGCUUCGUAUUUCACCUCGGCUGGGUCGCCAUUGGCUACGUUUUAAAGGAUCGAGUCAUAUCCCGAGUUUGUUUUUCCAUUACAUUUGUGCUUUUGGAUCACUUUGUGAUGUUGUAUGAAUCGACAUAACGGGGUGGAGAGCAUGCUUUUGAUGUUGGCUCGUGUAACUUUGACGUGGAAUAAGUGUAAUCUUAUAUCAUCUGAUGAUGCACCAUUAAGUACAAGUUGUAUAAUCGACAGUGAGAUGCAAUGAAAAGUGUAGUCGUCUCUUGGUCA